AUGUUGUUCUGGACUAAAUUGUUAACAGCAGCACACGCAGCUACAACAAGCAUUCAUCCUUAUUUAUGCUUGUAUUAUUUCCACAGAUUGAGAUUUGGUUUUCUGACAAUAUCUAUGCUCACUGCUUGUGUGAUGUUAUUAAAGGUACCAGCCUCUGCAUUUUGGGCUGAUCUUGUGGACCAUCGACCAACACUUCAUGGUGUGUUUACUGCCCUUUUGACUACUGUAGGUACAGCUGCUAUCCUUUUAGUACUCUCUGUACCACCUACCUGGAUAACAAUAACAUUACCCGUCGCUAUCUUUUCUUCUAUUCUAGAUGGUUUAUUCUAUCAACCUUUGGAGGUGUUGGUUGACAGUGCCAUUAUCAAGAUAUUGGGUGAUUAUAAAAUUAUGUAUGUACAUGAAAGGCAAUAUGGAAAAAUGAUAUCUGCUAUUAUGGCUGUAGGGAUAGGUUGGUCUCUUGACGACGAUCAUGACUUUGAUACCUUGAUGGUUACUAUCUUGAUUGGCUCUGUUUUUCUGUUUCUCUUGUCACUGUCUACUACAGUUCAGCCAGCUGAUCCAUGCCUUUUGGGUAUUGCUGCUGCAGUUUAUCAACAAGAUUUAGAUGAGCGUUCACCUCUUGUAAAACAUACACUUCAGCCUACAGACACAUCAAGUUCAUACGUUUAUUAUAAACCAUACAGCCUGUUUAGAGAGCAGCUAUCCCAUAUUUCAGAAGAAGAUGCAAGUAUGCUGCAGCGCAUGGCCACUACAAACAAUUCCGUUUCCAUCAAACCUUUACCUAGACAAACGAGUUUCUGUAGUGCUUCUUUAUUAUCACAUGCAACCACAACAGCAACAACGCCAGAUAACAUCAUGAGCAAUAGUCAAGCAUUGAUUAACCCUUCUCCUCUUUGUGUAUCAUCAGCUGUAGAAUACGAAGAUUCAGCAUGUUACUUUCAAUCUGAUAGAAAGCGAAACACCACCUUCUUUUGA